AUGGAAAAUCAGCCCCGAAGAGAAGUUGGGUUGAACUUGAAUGAUAUUGUUGGUGAUCCGGGAAAACGCAAGCCAAUUGAAGAGUUCGAUGUUUCAAUUCGAGAUAGAGUGCGAAGAGAGUACUUGAAUAUGGGCCCUUGUCAACCAAUAGGACAUAAGUAUGAAAAAAAGAAAUAUGGUAAUCAAGAAAGAAGUUUUCAAGAUAUUUGGUUUAAAAGGUAUACAUGGUUAGAGUAUAGUGUAUCAAAGGAUGCAACUUUUUGCUUUUGGUGCUACCUUUUCAAGAAAUCGGAUAAAGGGGGUCGACAAUCAGAUGAUGCUUUUACAAAGACAGGUUGUAGCAACUGGAAAAAUGCAUUAGAAAGAUUCAAUUAUCAUGUUGGAGGCGUGAAUAGUUGUCAUAAUAAUGCUAGAAUUCAGUUCGAAGCUUUUCAAGAUCAAAGGAACAGUGUGGCAAGUAUAUUACGGUCAAAUACCCGUGAGAUGGAAGUUGCAUAUCGCAUUCGGUUGACAGUCUCAUUGAAUGUGACUCAGUUUCUCUUAAAGCAAGGAUUAUCUUUUCGUGGACAUGAUGAGUCAAGUAGUUCUUCAAAUCGAGGUAAUUUUAUUGAGUUGCUUUUAUGGUUUAGUGAACUUAACGAUGAUGUAUCCAAAACUUUGUUUGCAAAUGCUCCUGCUAACAAUCAAAUGAAUUCACCACGAAUUCAAAAGGAAUUAGCAAACGCUUGUGCUUCAGAGGUUACACUUGCCAUAGUUAAUGAUAUUGGAGAUAAAGUUUUCACUCUUUUGGUUGAUGAGGCUCGAGACGUUUCAAUGAAGGAGCAGAUGGGAGUUGUUUUAAGAUAUGUGAAUAACGAAGGAUAUGUGAUUGAGCGAUUUAUUGGAAUCGUGCAUGUAACUGACACUUCCUCUCAUACUUUGAAAUGUGCUAUUGAUGAUUUAUUGGUGAAGCAUAAUUUAUCUCUAUCUAAAGUGAGAGGGCAAGGAUAUGAUGGAGCUUCUAAUAUGAGGGGUGAGUUUAAUGGAUUGAAAUCCUUAAUAUUGCAAGAAAAUCCAUAUGCCAUGUAUAUUCAUUGUUUCUCUCAUCAACUCCAACUAAUUAUUGUUGCGGUUGCCAAGGGUAUUAGAGUUGUGAAGGAUGUUUUUAGCUAUGUCUCCAUGAUUGUGAAUAUGGUCGGGGCAUCUUGUAAGAGAAAAGACCAACUUAGGCAGUUGCAACAUGACAGAUUAGUUGAACAACUUAAUGAUGGAGAAGUCAUAAGUGGAAGAGGUAAAAAUCAAGAAACUAGUUUGGUAAGGCCUGGAGAUACUCGUUGGGGCUCACAUUACUUUACAUUGCUUCGUCUAUGCUCUAUGUGGUCUUCGGUUGAGAAAGUGUUGGAAGUUGUACGUGACGAUGCUACUCUCCGUGAUAACAGAAGUACCACUGAAGGAUUGAUUGAAAGGAUGGAUAACUAUGAGUUUGUUUUCACUUUGCAUUUGAUGAAACAUUUAUUGGGAAUAACCAAUGAAUUAUCCAUUGCCUUGCAAAAGAAAGAUCAAAAUAUUAUUCAAGCCAUAUCAUUGAUCCAAAGUGUGAAACAUCAGUUGCAAAGUUUUAGAGAGAAUGGAUGGGAAGACAUACAUGAUCAAGCAACAAAGUUUUGUGAAUUGCAUAAUAUUUCACAAGUUGAUAUGGAUGAAUUUAUACCACGCCGUGGUUAUAAGAAGUAUGGAGCAGAGUUGAUCACGAAUUUGCAUCAUUAUCGUGUAGAGAUUUUUAAUCAGGUGGUUGAUUUAACUAUACAAGAGAUGGAUAAUCGAUUUUCUGAAGCUAGCACCGAGUUGCUAGGAUGCAUAUCAUGUCUUGAUCCAAGAAAUUCUUUCUCUCGAUUCAAUGAUGAUCAAGUAAUCCGUCUUGCUACUUUAUAUCACGAGGACUUCUCUGCAAUUGAUUGUUCACAGCUUCCACUUCAACUUAGUAAUUUUAUUGCUAAUGUACGAUGUGAUCCUCAAUUUUCUGCCUUAAGCAACUUAGGAGACGUUGCUACGGAAAUGGUCAAAAGUGGUAAACAUUUGGUUUUUCCGUUGGUUUAUCGGAUUAUUGAGUUGGCAUUGGUUUUACCUGUUGCUACUGCUUCUGUUGAGAGAGCAUUUUCUGCAAUGAAGACCAUCAAGACUGACUUGCGAAAUCGGAUGGGAGAUGAGUGGAUGAAUGAUAGUUUGAUUGUGUACAUUGAGAAGGACCUGUUUUCAACGAUUGAUAAUGAAAAAAUCUUGCAACGUUUUCAAUCGAUGAGAACACGUAGAAUUCAGUUGCCAUCGCUUUAG